AUGUGCUAUGUUGAAGCUUUAGAGAAUGAAAUCCUUGAGCCUGCCCUUGUUGAACAUCAUGUGGCCUAUGAGAAAUCAUCCAGUAAGAAGCCAGAGGAAGGCCUGCUGGAAAAUAAGCUUUGUCUUCUCCACACUACGUCAAUGAUACUGACAAGCAAGCACCGAAGCCUCCUGUGGUCUUCCUACUUGCCAGGGGCCCGGGAAGGCGGGCGGGCGGGCUGGGGGGGGGGGGCGGCGCGCUCUGAUUGGACGCUGGGGACCCCGCCCCCUCCUCCCGGCGCGUCGGGAGGGGCGGGGCCAAGCCGGCUGCCCAGCUCCGGGGCUGCGGGCGCCCAUCGACCCAGCGCCCGCCGCGCCGCGCCGCGCAGCGCCGCCGCCUUCUCCUGGCUCUCUCGGGCUCGUGGCGGGCGGCGCUGGAGCGUCGAGCGGCGCUGCUUCCUUCAGCAGCUUCCGCCGCCAUCUCCGCGUUUUCGGGGGGUGGGAAGGAGGUGGGGUGCUCGCCGCUGCAGCUGGCGCGAGCUUCUCUCGGAGGACAGUCCUUCUCCUCCAAGCUCGCCUUCCCCUUCCUGCCGCCGCCGCCGCCACCGCCGCCGGCCCCUGGCGCCCUCCGCGUGCGGCUCGGGGCCCGGGCAGGGGGAAGGUAGGGGCGGCGGGGCACCGGGAGAGGCCGGCGAGCCGACGCGCACCCCGGGGAAACUCCUGCUGCUUCGGUGCGCCCCGGCAGCCCAGGGUGAAGCCCCCGAGCCGGCCCGGGCGGCGGCAGGAAAAGGGGCUCCGGCGGGGCUCGGGGGCGGCGCUGCGGGGCUCCUGCGCCGUGCGCCCCGCGGCCGCCGAGCCCCGCGCGUUCUCUGUCCGGGUGAGGAGGACACGCCUGCCGUGCCGGAGAAAACUUUUCCUGCCGAUUCGGUCGGGGCGGCGGUGGCAGGAAGUCCGGGCAGCUCGCUCGCUCGCUCGCUCGCCCCUUCCCUCCUCCGCCCGCUCCCGCGCGCCCUGCCCGCGGUGGGCGCAGAGGUGGAGCUCAAGUUUGCCCCGGGACUGGGUUGGGUGGGGGUGGGGGGAGAGCCUCGUCGCCCGCCCGCCCGCCACGGACCAGCCCGGACCGCGCCAGGACAGGGCUACGGGCGGCCCCGGGGCGCCGAGGCCGAGGAGCGGAGCGGAGCGGAGCGGCGGGCGUGCCGAGCCCCGAGUCCCCUGGCACGGGCCGCUUCCUGGAGUCCCGAGCGCACCGCAGCCGCCUCCGGGUGA